UGAGUCACGGGAAGCACGUGAACAUACUUAACAUCCAUUCCUCCCGCAAUGCGUCAUGCUGACCUAUAUCAGGGAGCCGGAGGUGUAGCUUAACCGUUACCACCGCUGGCCGGAAAAAUCCAGCGAAUUAGAACAACCCACUCACGUCUCACUUUCAAAUCUCCGAUAGUCAAUCCUUCGAAAGUCAGAGAGAACAUCUGAGCAGGGAAGAAUUAUUGUUUUUUCCUGUUUCUCGUAAUAAAGAAGAAUGAGAACAGGAAAGGGUAAUCAGGAAGACGAGUACGAGGAAGAAGAGUUCAGCUCCAAGAAGGACGGAACUUCUUCCAAUGAUAAAGACAACACCAGCAACAGAGAUGCUAAGGACAAUGACAAGGCUACUGCGAUACGAUCAAAGCAUUCAGUCACAGAGCAGAGAAGAAGGAGCAAAAUCAACGAGAGAUUCCAGAUAUUGAGAGAUCUUGUACCCCAUAGUGAUCAAAAGAGAGAUACAGCAUCGUUCCUAUUGGAGGUGAUUGAUUAUGUUCAAUAUUUACAAGAAAAGUUACAAAAGUAUGAGGGUUCUUGCCAAGGAUGGAGUUCCGAGCCCACGAAGUUGAUGCCGUGGAGAAAUAGUCACUGGCGUGUUCAGAGUUUUGUUGGUCACCCGCAAACAAUAAACAAUGGCUCUAGUCUGGGAUCAACAUUUCCUGGGAAGUUUGAUGAGAAUAAUGUCUCUAUGACCCCAACUAUGCUUACAAGCACACAGAAACCUACAGAAUCUGAUCCUAGCAGGGAUAUCACCUGCAAACCAAUUGAUCGGCAACCUGAGUUUGCCACCAAAGGAUCAACUUUGCCCAUGGCUCUGCAGGCAAACAUGCCUCCUUCUGUCAGAGGUGAUGGUGUGCUAGCCCUUCCUCUUCAGGGACCGGUUUCUGAUGCACAUUCAGCUGAGUUUCCCAUGACCUGUGAAACACUGAACCAACAGGACCUGAUAAUUGAAGGAGGAACAAUUAGCAUCUCGAGUGUUUACUCUCAUGGGCUGUUGAACGCUUUGACACAAGCACUGCAGAGUGCACGGGUGGAUCUGUCACAUGCCAGCAUCUCAGUGCAGAUUGAUCUUGGGAAGCGAGCAAACAGGGGCAUGACUUCUGGAAUUUCCAUUCCAAAGGAUCACGAGAACCCCCCUUCUAGCCAUCAAGAAAUGGCACAUCUAAGAGAUGCAGGCAGCAGCAGAGAGGACUCGGAUCAAGCUCAGAAGCGGCUGAAGACAUGAAAUCAAAUCAGCAUGGGUAUUCCAUGAGUCUCCUAGGUUUUACUAGUUUAUUUUCUACUGUUUUAUGAUAUCUCCUGGCUAUUGUAUAUACAUGCUGUGUGUCUAGUUAUGUUGGGCUUUAACACUAUUUCAUGGGACUUGUCCAGAUUGUUCCAUGAAUUAUAAACUUCUUCGGGACUGACUUCCUUCUAUGAAUCGAUUCGAGUGAUGCCAA